CCAAUUUCCAACGGCGCACGCCGCGCCACGGCCAGCCACUCGCUCUCCGCCUCCGCCGCCGCCGUGAAGGCCAAACCGGCGAGCAUGAUCUCGCUCCUCUCGCCCGCGCGGCUGCGCACCGCCAGCGCCAGUGCCAGCCCCUCCGCCGCCUCCGCUCCGCGCCGCCCGGCCGUCAUCCUCCCAGGGCUCGGGAACAACACGGCCGACUACGCGCGGCUCGCGGCGGCGCUGCGGGACGACCACGGCGUGCCGGCCGUCGCCGUCGCGCGGGUGUCGCGGCCCGAUUGGUUCCGCAACGCCGCCGGCCUCGUCGACCCCAACUACUGGCGGUGCACCCUCCGCCCGCGUCCCGUCCUCGAUUGGUACCUGAAAAGAGUCGACGGAGCGGUAUCUGAGGCGAGAGAACUAUGUUCUCCUAAUGAUGGCAUAUCAUUGAUAGGGCAUUCAGCUGGGGGCUGGCUAGCGCGCGUAUACAUUGAAGAAUUUGAUGCUUCAGACAUAAGUUUACUGCUCACACUUGGCACUCCUCAUUUACCACCUCCAAAAGGUGCAACUGGGGUAAUUGACCAAACUAGAGGACUACUGACCUAUGUUGAGAAGAAUUGUGCCCCGGCAGUUUACACAUCAGAACUAAAAUAUGUAUGCAUUGCGGGAAGGUAUAUUCAAGGUGCUCCUUUAACUGGGAACACCGCAACUUCGGAUGAGAUUGUCGCUGUGGACACUCCAUCAGAUGUAGCUGAAGCGGUCAUGGUCAGUACCAAUGACAAAUCUACUCCAUCAGGUCCAACCUUGAGAGCUCGUUUCAUUGGACAAGGCUACAAGCAGGUCUGUGGCCGUGCUGAUGUGUGGGGAGAUGGCGUCGUUCCCGAGGUGUCGGCGCAUCUAGAAGGUGCGCUGAAUAUAAGCUUCGACGGCGUGUAUCAUUCACCUGUAGGUUCUGAUGAUGAACAGAGGCCAUGGUAUGGCUCACCGGCGAUCCUCAAGCAGUGGGUACAUCAUCUCCUCAGUUGAUGCACAGAAGCUGCUGGUCUGGAAAUAUGUAGAUACAUGUGAGUGUAUAAUGUAUUGCACGCCAUCAGGUGAGAGUUGUGCCAACCAGGAAAACUACACAUUUUUCAGUGAGUUUGGGACGGACAUGCCAUGGCCUGUGCUGUACAUGACUCACCUGCAAUUUUUUUUGGGUCAAAUUAUAGUUGAUCACAUGAACCUGUAUAAUAGCAUAAACAUUGCUCAAUAUGCAGACAGAAUUCAGCACUUACAUCCCGGAUUGCAAGUUACAAGAAGUACGCAUGC